AUGGCCGGAUACCAACAUGAGUUCAAGCGGAAUUACAACCCUUUCAUGAGCAAAACAUUUCAUGCCGUCGUCCAGAUUGGACAAAUUGACAAGUCCCAUAUUGCCUAUCCCCAAGGCGACAACUUUGAAAAAAGCGACACACCAAUUGGGGAUCUCGAAGUGACGGCUUCUCGAGUCCGACCACCUCCAAUCAGUCAGAACUUCUUAGCUCCAGUCGAUGGCGUGACCAACAAGCUAUGCCAAGAGUGGACUGUAGAGUUCGUUGACAAGCUCAUCGAGAAAAACUACAUUGAUGCUCAAGCUCGAGAGAUCGUGCAGGCUCACCGUGAUCCCCCAAGUCACGGUGUUGGCCUACAGCCAGUCGGCCAAGGACGCGGAGCCGCAUGA